CAUCAAAUUCAACCUAAUAAUAACAAAUAAUAAUGAUCUUGAUGAUAAUAUUGGUUGUCUUUUGAACACAAAUUAGUUUGAACCUGCAUUUUCGACACUACCCUGCUCCCGAAAUCCCGGCUGCAGCCCCCCCGGCCAGCGGCCCGUGACGUGCUGUUCCGGGCCUCAACACGCGCGGCAUGGAAGCGGUAAAUGCCUUACAGCGGCAACAGCUCGACAUGGAGGACGGCGAGCGGUGUAAUGAAGCGAAGCGGUUCUCGCCCUUGUCUUCUAGCUCGUCGUCGGCCCCGUCAGCCCUGUCAUCCCCGCUGUACCCGGACAGCUCGUCCGACCUGGAGGAGCUGCAGCGCAUGCCGCUGGCGCCGCCGCGGUGGAAGAACCAGAAGCGGCUGACGAAGCAACUGUCCAUGUGCGAGACCCCCCGUGACAUCGCGUGGGAGAAGCGGCGGCGCCAGAUCCUUGGGAAGAGCUGCCUUGGCGCGAUGCAGGAGGACAUCACGGACGAGGACCUGAACGAGCUCAAGGGGAGCAUCGAGCUCGGGUUCGGCUUCGAGGAGAAGGACGGGCAGAAGCUGUGCAACACGCUGCCGGCUCUCGACCUCUACUUCGCGGUGAACCGGCAGCUCUCGCUGAGCCCCGUGUCGACCCCGCCAAGCCAAGGGCUAUCGUCGCCGGCCUCGCUGGGUGAGCGGUCCAUGUCCUUCGAGAGCCCUAGGAGCGACUCCGACGCUUGGAAGAUCUGUAACCCAGGUGAUGAUCCUCAGCAUGUGAAGACCAAGUUGAGGCACUGGGCUCAAGCUGUGGCAUGUUCUCUAAUGCAAUCAUCCUGAAAACCUAAUUGGGAGUGUGUGGUGUCUGACGACUAGCUUGUACAGAAAAGAAGAAGAAGAAGAA